AUGUUCAUAAAUGCUGAUACUACCAAGCUUUAUGGUCUGAUACUUUAUGCAUCAUUCAGUCUGGCUACAACAUUAUGGUGCACUGUGUUCAUCAUCUACCAUAUUCUGAGUGUAGGACAAGCAAACAAUGGAAUAAGAGGUGCUCUUGGGGUCUAUGGACGUGUCAUUGAAGUUCUGGUGGAAUCUUCUGCUCUUUAUUCUAUAUGUUUGAUCCUCUAUAUGAUCUUCAUUGCUUACAACAGCCAAGAAGAAAUCUACCUUGAUUCUAUAACAGCAAUUACAAGGGGUGUUGCACCAACACUUCUCAUUGGCCAUGUUGCUGCAGGCCAUGCUCGUCCUGAUGACUCAUGGGAGGGAAGCAUUAUGUCUUCACUCCACUUUGGGCAAGGUCAGAGUCAGACAAGCACCCAAGAUGAUUCUAUGAUCAGUAUCAGUCUUGAUGAUGAUCUUGAAGCUCAAGCAGAGCAAGCAGAUGAGCCUGAGCAUGCUCAGAGGAGCUCUCAGAGGGUGAAUAGUGAUGAUGUAGAGGCACAGUUGGAGGAAAUUGAGAUUACUUAGUCAGGUCACUUUCUUCUUUCAAGUACUCCCAUAGCAGUUACCAGUGAUCACCUGGGCAAAGUCUUGAUCUACUUUCAUUCACUU